GGCCGGGCGCCGCUGCGCUUCUCCGAGUGGCCGCGGGCUGGCGGCGCGGCAUGGACGGCCCGGGGCGCGGGGACGCGGCGGCGCCGAGCGGGGAGCCGGGGCCCGACCCGCAGCUGGCCGUCACCAUGGGCUUCACGGGCUUCGGGAGGAAAGCGCGGACAUUCGACUUGGAGGCACUGUUUGAACAAACUCGAAGAACAGCUGUGGAAAGAAGUCGAAAGACACUGGAGGCAAGAGAAAAAGAAGAAGAAAUGAACAGAGAGAAAGAAUUAAGAAGGCAAACUGAAGACGUUGAACCCACAUCUUCAGGCUCCGGAGCAAUCAGAGUCCGCACAGAAUCAGCUUCCAGGGCCUCGAGCAGCAGUGACAGCGAGGACAGUUCUGGCUCCGACGACGCCGACGACGACGAGAUGAUCGGCCCUCCUUUACCUCAGGAGCUGACGGAGGACUCAGCUGGUCGCAUGGAGGAAAGUGUGAUUGGCCCUUUCCCUCCUCCUCACGAAGAAGUGGAGAGUGAAGAUGAGGAUGAGGACUCGGAAGAGGAGGAGGAGAGCCCUGUCCAAAAAAUUCCUGACUCACAUGAAAUUACACUAAGGCAUGGCACAAAAACGGUUUCUGCUUUGGGUCUGGACCCCUCAGGCGCCCGACUAGUGACUGGCGGGUACGACUACGACGUUAAAUUCUGGGAUUUUGCCGGGAUGGAUGCUUCUUUUAAGGCGUUUCGGUCCCUUCAGCCCUGUGAGUGCCAUCAGAUCAAGUCACUGCAGUACAGCAACACAGGAGACAUGAUUCUUGUCGUAUCUGGAAGCUCUCAGGCCAAAGUGAUCGACAGAGAUGGCUUUGAAGUCAUGGAAUGUAUCAAGGGGGACCAGUACAUCGUGGACAUGGCCAACACCAAGGGCCAUACAGCAAUGCUACAUACUGGUUCCUGGCACCCAAAAGUAAAAGGCGAGUUCAUGACGUGCUCAAAUGAUGCGACUGUGAGAACAUGGGAUGUUGAAAAUCCAAAGAAGCAAAGAAGUGUGUUUAAGCCGCGGACAGCGCAGGGUAAAAAAGUGAUUCCUACCACGUGCACAUAUAGCCGAGAGGGGAACCUUCUAGCCGCGGCCUGUCAGGAUGGAAGCAUACAGAUCUGGGACCGGAACAUGACCGUCCAUCCUAAAUUCCACUACAGACAAGCUCACGGUGGCGGCACGGACACCUCCUGUGUGGCCUUCUCCUACGACGGUGCCGUCCUCGCGUCUCGCGGGGGUGAUGAUACAUUAAAAUUAUGGGAUAUCCGACAGUUUAAUAAGCCGCUUUUUUCGGCAUCUGAUCUUCCCAGCCUGUUCCCAAUGACGGACUGCUGCUUCAGUCCAGAUGACCAGCUUCUUGUCACCGGCACCUCUGUUCAGCGGGGACGCGGCAGUGGCAAGCUCGUUUUCUUUGAGCGCAGGACUUUCCAGCGAGUGUACGAGAUAGACGUCACAGACGCGAGUGUCGUCCGCUGCCUGUGGCAUCCGAAGCUGAACCAGAUCAUGGUGGGAACCGGAAACGGCUUGGCCAAAGUCUAUUACGACCCCAACAAGAGCCAGAGGGGAGCCAAGCUGUGCGUGGUCAAGACCCAGCGGAAGGCGAAGCAGGCCGAGACCCUCACGCAGGACUACAUCAUCACGCCGCACGCCUUGCCGAUGUUCCGUGAGCCCCGCCAGCGGAGCACAAGGAAACAGCUGGAGAAGGACAGACUGGACCCCCUCAAGUCUCACAAACCGGAACCCCCUGUCGCAGGCCCAGGCCGUGGGGGCCGGGUUGGGACCCACGGGGGCACCCUGUCAUCCUACAUCGUGAAGAACAUAGCCCUGGACAAGACCGAUGACAGUAACCCCCGGGAAGCCAUCCUGCGCCACGCCAAAGCUGCGGAAGACAACCCCUACUGGGUCUCCCCGGCGUAUUCCAAGACUCAGCCCCAAACCAUGUUUGCCCCAGUUGAGUCUGAUGACGAAGCCAAGAAUGAGCCAGAGUGGAAGAAGCGUAAAAUCUGAAGAGGCUUCUGGGAGCUGCUGCGUCGGGGCGGGGACGUUGGCAGACAGUGUUCUGUUUUCUUUUGUUUCUUCAAUAAAAUAAAAACGCAUUUUUAUGAAGAA